AUGAAGGAGCAGGGCAAGGUGUCAUCGUUGCACACACACCAGAUGGAUCUGGACGAGAGCCCGCCCCUCAGGGACCACACCGUGUUCAGGCGACAGUAUGACGUCAGGCAGCAGAACCCCGAUCCCCAGAACCCCGUCCUUCGAGCUCCGGCAUUUUCGCCGCUGUGUUCCUGGAAGCGCUCACCGCGCGCCGCGCCCGCCCGGGCCGCGCUCCCUCCCUCCGCGGCGGCUCCUCCAGCCGCCCCCAGCGCCGGCGACCACGGGGCUCCGCAGACCGGGGGCCGCACCGACUGGGAACCCGCCGGCGCGCUGACCCUUGCGAGGCCUGGGGGCCGGCGAGGUCGCAGGGGCGGCGUGGGCCUGAGCCCGGCCGCCGGGGGCGGGUACGAGCCCCGCCUCCCUAGGUUCCCCCAGUCCCUCCCCAAACCCGCCGGGAGAACCGCCGGUACCCGGCCAGAUGACGAUCAACCAGCUCCCGGACGCUCAACUGCGCCCCACUCAGAAGAAUGCGUGGGAUCCCAAGCGUUGGUCCAGCUCCCGCCCAAGCAGCCCCAGCAGGGCACGUUAGAACCAGACAGAAGCGUCCAGCAGGGGGAGAAGCCUGUAGUUAUCUUGGAGACCACACCUAGCCAGAAGAGAGCAGAGUUGAAUUCAAUACCCAAGCCUGAGAGUGAGGGCUAGUUAGUAAACCAAGCAGCUAAGAGCAAACCAAGACCCAGACCUGGAGACCUGAUUGAGAUUUUUCGCAUUGGCUAUGAGCACUGGGCCAUCUACGUGGAAGAUGACUGCGUGGUCCACCUGGCUCCCCCGAGUGAGGAAUUUGGGGUCGACAGUAUCACUUCUAUUUUUAGCAACUGUGCUGUUGUGAAAUACAGUUGCCUGGAGGACGUGCUGCACGGCUGCUCCUGGAAGAUCAACAACAAGCUCGAUGGGAUGUACCUGCCCCUGCCUGUGGACAAGAUCAUGCAACGUACGAAACAGAUGGUCAACAAGAUCGUGCAGUACAGCCUGAUCGAAGGGAAUUGUGAGGACUUCGUCAAUGACCUCAGAUACGGCGUGCCCAGGAGCCAGCAGGUGUGUCCCCAUUUGCCCUGA